UUCACAAAUGCCCUUCAUUUCUUGGAAAUGUAUGCUUUCUGCGUAAUCGACCGCCGCGUGUAGUGUUGAUCGUCAACAUCGGACGGCUAACUACUAAUUUCUCGGGCAAUUAGAAACACGCCUCAGAUCAACGAGGGCGAUACGAGAAGGGAAAAAAGUUAUUUUUGAGGGAGAAAUGGCGGAAUCGAAGUCUGGGUUGAGGAAACCAGUGUUUACCAAAGUGGAUCAGCUCCGUCCCGGCAUCAAAGGCAUUACAAUUACUGUGAAAGUAGUUGACUCUAAGAUAAUCAAGCAGAAAGGGAGAGCUGAUGGGCCUCAGUCUCGCCAAGCACGGAUUGCUGAAUGCUUGGUUGGGGAUGGAUCUGGAAUGAUUGUGUUUACUGCUAGAAAUGAUCAAGUUGAGCUGAUGAAGUCAGGUGCCACAGCGAUUCUUCGCAACGCGAAGAUUGACAUGUAUAGAGGAUCCAUGAGGCUCGCCGUCGACAAAUGGGGACGCGUCGAACUCACCGAGCCAGCAAAUUUUGCCGUGAAGGAAGACAACAACUUGUCAUUGAUCGAAUACGAGCUGGUGAGCGUCAUCGAAUAGUUAUCCUCGAUCUUCGAUCGA